AUGCUUCUUUCGCAAGCUUUGAGCCGUUUGGGCCGGAACGUCCACCCGAUCCGGCACAAGCAAAGAUACCUCCACGCGUCCGUCCCUCUCCUCAAGCGCAGCCCGUCCAAGAAAAGGAGCAAAGCUGCCAAGGCCGCUUCGAAGACCGGCAAGCCCUCGAUCAAAGGUGCUUCGCCAAGCAAUGAAGAUGGUUUUACCGACGAUCCUCACCAGCCCAUGUCGGAACUGGAAUACCAGAAGUCAAUAUGGGAAGCCAGCCGACGUGAGGAGGCCCCGGACGCUGAGGGAAGUCUACUGAACGGGCCGGGUUUCUUUGGCGAACAAGUUUCUGAAAAUCACCGACAGUCGCCGGACAGCGAACAGAGUAGCAAUACCAGGCACAGUACACUGCUCGCUUCAUUGAGGAAGCAGCUGGAAGAUAUCGAGCGGGAGGGAUACACAAGCCCAACGCUCGGGAAAUCGAAGAAAGGUGCUGCCGCAAAAGCGAAAGCCAAGGAAGAGACGGACGAGAAGUCGGAAUCGUCAAAGUCAGAAAAGGAACCACGGCGGCGACGAUCUCUCGGCACACCGUUGCCUGUCCGCACUGCUCAUGCUAAACUGCUCAACCUGGUGCCCGUUGCUCCAGAGGAACAGCGUGACGUGCCUCAGCUCUCGCAUAACCUCGAGCGUGUGCUGUUCAACCCUGGUGUCUAUCAGCUCCAGGAUCCGCGUACCCAAGUAUUCAACUUCGACCCUUACCUGGCCAGUAUCAUGGCCGUGGAAGACUUCGACUUUGAUGCUCUGCAGGCAUACAUCACAUCUUCCAAGGACGAGCGUUUGAUGGGAAUGGCGAGAAAGUUUGGUGCUAAAUAUUGCGGAUCGACGUCGAGCACAACCAGUGUCCUGUCGCAUUUUCACUACCUUCUGUCCGCCUGGCGACAGCCUAACUAUGACCAGGCUGUAACAAAGGGGUUCGAAAUCCAGACCCCAAACUUCACCUCGAUCAUGUUGGCGCCUGCAGCUUGCUACGCUCGCCUCAAGAAUGGCGUUUACGCCAUCGACUCUGACAAGCAAUACGAUAAAGAGAAUGUUCUCAGCAUGCUAGGCAAGUCUAUGGAGAAGCUCUUGACACUGCCAAAGGAGGAGUAUGAGAAGUACCGUCGGACGCGAUCCCAUCUCAUCCCCGAAGAAGAUCGCAAUGCCGAGGAAGCUUACAACUACUCUACCAUUGGCGACUUCCUUCUGCGCUCACAGCUAGACGCCAAGGAUCCUCGGCUACCGGGUGGCGGUGUGUUUGAUUUGAAGACGAGAGCUGUGGUCUCCAUCAGGAUGGACGUGCACGACUACCAGAAGUAUCGUGAUUACGAGAUCCGGGAUCGUUUCGGCCAAUGGGAGUCAUACGAAAAAGAGUACGUGGAUCUGAUCAGGGCAGCCUUCCUCAAAUACUCCCUCCAGGUUCGUAUGGGUCGCAUGGAUGGUAUCUUCGUCGCCUAUCACAACACCCAGCGCAUCUUUGGGUUCCAGUACAUUGGUCUGGAAGAGAUGGACAAGGCGAUCCACGGUACGACUGAUACGAGGCUUGGCGACGAUGAAUUCAAGUUGAGCAUCAAGUUGCUCAACGAGCUCAUGGACCGGGCAACACAGCAGUUCCCAGGUCGGAGUCUACGCUUCCACGUGGAGACCCGGCCAACAAAUGUUCCCUUGACUUACUUCUUUGUGCAGCCCGUCACCGACGAGGAGAUCAAGCAAGACGAGUCCUCGGCCAAGGCAGCUGUGGAGCGUAUCACUGAUGAUCUCAUCCGACAACGGGGAUCUAUACCUCAGGAGGCUCAAGAAGAAAGUAUCGAAGAGGGAGAGACGGCUGAGGCGAGCACCACACCUGGGACGGACAACGGGUCCGGCCAAGAUGUGCACAAUAGCGAAGCUUGGGAGGAAAUGAUCGCCAAGGUUGAGGACACAAUUGAAAAUGAGUCCCUCGGUGUCGCUUCGGUUCGUGGCGCACUUCGCAUUGCGCUUGAGGAGCGGGAUCUGCUACAAGCAGCUUCGGAGGAAGAGAACCAGCAAACAUUGGACAUGCUUGUAGAGGCUUUGGCUUCGGCGGCGCCUGGCCGCAGAGAAGUGAAGGAAACAGCUGAGGAAACGCAGCCUGACUACGCAAAGGAGAACACGGACGCGAACGCUGAAGCGACGUCGACCGAAUCAGGAGAUGAGUCAAAUCAGCAAACGCAACAGGAUAUUUUGAAGGACCUGAUUGUCAAGGUCACUGAGGUUGCCGAGGCGAAGAAGCACGAGCUGCGUGACUUUGAGCGAUUGGUGGCAGAACUGGCGGAGCGCACCCGCGAUGGUAGCAGCAACGGACAACAGUGGCCUGAAGAUGAUAGUCCGUCCGAGACGAGGCCUGCCGAGGUGAAGUCGCAGGCAGAGGUCACGGACGCCAUUCGCAACGGCGCCGAUGCCAACAACGCCGAGACGCAAAAAGGCGAGUCCGACAAGGACCCUGAGAACAUUCCUGAAUUGCUUGGGAUGUACGUGACCAUCCGGAACAAGGUCAACGGCAAGGAGGUCGAGCGACCUACGCUGGAAGAUUCUCGCAGUGACAGCCAGCGUCAGCCGUUUCAAUGGUCCCUGGAGUACAGCAUCACAGAUAUACCAGACCAAGAGGCACAGCGAAUCUACCGCCAAAUCACACGACGCCGUUCUGCUGCCCUGAACGAUGAAGAUCCGAGAAAGGUCGGCAAUCGUUCUUGGAACGAUGCGUUCAAGGAUCAACUCCAGGAGUUGUCCAAGAGCGGGCGAAGAUACCGCAAGGCUUUAGACAAAAAGCAGAGCAAGAAAGAAACGCAAGUGGCCUGGCGGACGGAGGACGCCGAGUCGUGA